AUGAUUAGCGAACGCCACAAAACCGUUAAUUUGCUGCAAAUAAUUUGCUGUUGUCUAUGCCUGCUGGCCACUUGCCUGGGAGCCGAGGAGGUGUUCGAGGUUUUGCCACAGACAACGACAGUGAAGCCAGCGUUGACCACCAGAAGAGCUGGCACGCCACGCUUGCAGCUAAGCAACAACGAAUGGCGUCCACUGGGCCAUGGCGAUCCGCUGCAGAAUGAUCCAACCUAUGACUACAGUCCGCCAGCGCUGGAGCGUGUGCGCUACUGGGCGGAAAACAAUGGCAGCGGUCAGGCGACACCCAAGAGCGACGUGCUCAAGCUGGGCGCGGCCAAUGAGCGAUCGAGACCCACGCAGGCAAAGAAGACAACGUUGCAUAGCAAUGCGGUUAAGUAUGCGCCCAUACGCAGAAGCUACUAUGCGCCACAGCAGCAGCAGCAGCAACAACAACAGCAGCAACAGCAACAGUUGUUGCAACAACAUAUGCCACAUACGCAUUUAAUGCCGCCGCCCAUGAUGAUGAAGGGCAUGUCGCAUGUGGACUAUCGCCACAACUCGCCCAGCAGCAGCAGCUAUGUGAGCAGCUACAUGAGCUCCAUGCCCAGCAGCAGCACACACUACUACAGUAGUCCCUCCACCGCCAGCACCAGCUGGUAUUCCCACUCCAUGCCGCAGCAGCGUCUUAGCUAUGCCACAGAGCCGCAUACCCAGGAGUCCAUGCAGCAUUAUAGCUACAGCUUCAGUCGUCCACAGAGUAUUAGCUAUGCGCCCGCUCCCAAUGCUAUACACACUUAUGGAUCUAGCGUUAAGCAGGCGGCGCGCAAGCCUUGGCUGCAUGAGUUGCUGCAGAAGGAGCAGGUUAUGGGACAGCAGCAGCCUACGCUGAAGCAGCGCUUGAAGCCCACUAUGCCAGCUACUAAAUAUUUAAUGGGCACCACCAAGCCGCAGACAGCGGGCAGUCCCACCUAUGCGCCGUUAACCUAUACGCCAAUAACCUUUGUGUCGGGUCCUCCCACCAUUGCCACAGCUACUGAACUUUAUGUUACACCCACCAUGCCCACGCCCACCAGCAGCAGCAGCAUUAGCAGCAGUAUGGGUUUCCAGCCCAUGUUUCCACAUAGCAGCACAACAACAACUACGAGCACCACCACGCCGCGCCCAUUGAGCAAUCGUCUGAUGAUACCGCAGACUAACAAUCUGGCUCAACGUCCUACUGUGGCACCCGCUAAUGAACUCACCACCGAUGCACUUUUCAAGCAUUACAAGCAGCCGCCUAAGCCGCUGCUGGGACCCAUGUAUUUGAUCAUUGAAGGCCAUUCGAAGGUCAAGACCUAUGGCCAAAACGAAUUGGAUCCGCAUAGUCCCAAAAUAGUGCCAGUUAUAUCGAAGCGUGAGCCUGUGGUGCGCGUAGCGGAUCCUAAUGAGCAACGCGGCACCGUCGAAACUUAUCAGGUGAAGCAUUUGCAUACGAAGACAACGCCGCUGACAACAACAACAACUACUACUACCACAACAACAACUGCCAAGCCCAGCACAACAACAACCACAGUGAAGAGUACAACCACAGCCACGCCCACGCCGCCCAGUAGCAGCAGCUCUACUACUACAACAUCAACAACAACCAGCAGCAGCACCACCACAGCAGCAACACCUCCAGCUGACGAUGUGAAUGAUCUGCUCAGCCUGCUAGACAAUAUGUUUGCCGAUGUGCAUGAGCUGGCUCCAAAGAUAAAUGUCAGCAGCACCACUGAAGCCUCCACCACCAAGCUCAAGCCGAUGGUAAUGAAAACAAAGCUUGUGCCCGCACAGCAGCCAGAGCCGCGCAUUGGCAGCCAAGCGAACAGCAUAGACAGUCUGUUGGUGGAGACACAGACUGAUGAGCCGCUGCGUCAAAGUUCAGAGUUCGCCAGCAGCACUGAGCCGGAUCAGGCGCUGCGUGCCACUCGCCAAAUCUUUGACUAUGAUCAAUUGCCCGAGUCACGCACCGAUGGCGUCAACGACGAUGAUCUUUACUACGAUGAGGAAUAUGCUGAGCUGGAGGAUGCUGACAAUUGAAGCUGCUGCUGCAUCAUCAUCGAUUAAACACAGUUGUAUUUUUCUUGCAAACUGCGCUCUAUACCAAAUCUAUCAACAAAUUCUAUCUAUGCUUAUAUGUACAUA